AUGGCUCCUGAUGCUUCUGCUGCUCUUGCAGCGAGGGAGAAAGUUCAGCAAUUCCUGAAUGCGGCUUGCACAGGAAAUCUUGACUUCCUUAAGAAGGUUGCUGAGCAGCUUGAUGAAGGAAAAGACUUGAGAAAAACUGUAGAGAGUAUCAAAGACGCGAACAAGCGCGGUGCUCUUCAUUUCGCUGCAAGAGAAGGCCAAACUGAUGUCUGCAGAUAUCUCUUGGAAGACCUCAAACUCGAUGCCGACACCAAAGAUGAAGCUGGGGAUACUCCGCUUGUUCAUGCUACGAGGCAAGGGCAGAUUGAAACAGCAAAGUAUCUGUUAGAGCACGGAGCUGAUGCUAACAUUGCAAGUGAACUUGGAGCCACGGCAUUGCAUCACGCGGCUGGGACAGGAGAAAUCGAGUUGCUAAAGGAACUGCUUUCAAGAGGUGUUCCCGUUGAUUCUGAAAGCGAGUCUGGCACGCCAUUGGUUUGGGCUGCUGGUCACGACCAGAAAGAUGCUGUGGAAGUCUUGUUACAACACAACGCCAAUCCUAAUGCUGAGACUGAAGAUGGUGUCACACCAUUGUUAUCUGCAGUAGCAGCUGGUUCCGUAGCAUGCUUGGAGUUGUUGGUCAAGGCAGGUGCCAAAGCCAACGUUUUUGCUGGUGGUGCUACUCCGUUGCACAUUGCGGCUGAUAUUGGAAGUCUCGAGUUAAUCAACUGUUUGCUUAAAGCUGGUGCUGAUCCUAAUCAGAAGGACGAGGAAGGAAACAGGCCGUUGGAAGUGGCGGCUGCAAGAGAGGACAGAAAGAUUGUUGAGAUCCUCUUCCCGUUGACAACGAAACCCGAAUCUGUUUCGGAUUGGUCAGUAGAUGGAAUUUUCUCCCACAUGGAAUCAAACAAAGAAAAGGAACUAGAGGCAAACUCAAACAAUGCGAAAUUAGGAGAGACCGGGAUCAAGAAAGAUCUUCCACAGGUCUCUGAAGAAGCAAAGGCAAAAGCUGCAGAAGCAAAAGCAAGAGGACAAGAUGCAUUCCACAGAAAGGAUUUCCAGAUGGCCAUUGAUGCAUACACUCAAGCAAUUGAUUUUGACCCGACGGAUCAUACCUUCUUCUCGAACCGAAGCCUCUGCUGGUUGCGGUUAGGACAAGCUGAGCGUGCCUUGUCCGAUGCGAAAGCAUGCAGAGAACUCAAACCUGAUUGGCCUAAAGCCUGUUUCAGAGAAGGCGCUGCUCUGCGUUUGCUUCAGCGAUUCGACGAGGCAGCAAAUGCAUUUUACGAGGGAGUGUUGCUUAGCCCUGAAAGCAAAGAGCUCGUUGAUGCUUUCAGAGAAGCUGUGGAUGCCGGAAGGAAGUUUCACGGCAAGGACAAGAUUGAUGCCAAAUCAUAG